AUGACGUCUGCCAUCACUCUCGUCGCGUCGAACGCAGCCGCUGCUAGCGCGUGCCUGCCGCCAGCGGCGCAGCUCUCCUGGGCGCUCUUCUGCGCCAUUCAGAAGUACGCUGCGCCCGCAAUGAACGCCGUUGCUUUGACAACCAUCGAGAAGAAGACUCCGCCGUCGUCUCCCGCGGCUGCCGAUGCGCCCAACAGCAUAUUCCACCCAGCGCCACUCACAUUCUCCCCGCUCCCAGCUCGCUCGAACUCGUCCGCCGUGGAGCUCGGUCGCGCGGUGCUCGCUACUGCGGGAAUUGCCCUCCUCCCCGGCGCGGAAUCGCCCCGCACUCUCCCCACCCUUGCGGGCUCGUUCAAGCAGUGCGCCAUGCGCCCUCCGCGCGUCGUCCUCCCGUCCUCCGCCCGCCCUCCUCUUCCACCGCCCACGCUGGCGGGGUUCGGGGGAGCUGCGUUGGAGCUUACCGGCGCCAUCACCAGCCCGCACGAGGACGGCAGCCCGCGUUUCCCAACCGCCGCCCUCUCCCCGCGGACGCUCGGGCCAGCCCGGCCUCCCGCCGUGUCGUUCCAGCCGUGGCCUUUUUCGCUUCGAGCUCGCGUCUCCCUUGAAGCAGUGCCACCUCCUCGGCUUCCUCCCUCUACCUCCCGAUCGCUAUUCUUCUCUCGUCCUCCUCGGGCCACAGUCGAGCCAGCCUGCAUAUAA